AGGAGGAUGAAUAGAUUGAGGGUAGGACUACACAGGAGGGAAGGUGGAAAUGUGCCUGGAGGAUGUGGUGAUAGGCGAGGUGUUUAAUGAAUGCUUUGCUUCAGAGUUACCAGUGAGAUAGACAGUGAUUGUGACAAUAGCAGUUGGGAUGUGUAGAUGGAGUGAAGAGGCCAAGAGUGAAAUGGGCCCAACACAGGAAAUUGGGACCAUCUCUGUGGGCACUGUGGUCAGCAUUGUCUCAUUGUGCUGAAGGGACUGUGUCUGUGCUCUGUUGCUCUGUGACUCUAUCAGUAGGAUUCGCCAGAUAUCACUGGACAGACAUACAGACAUGGUGUGGGAGUUGAUGUUAACAGGGAAUGUUUGUUCCCUAAGCAAACUGCUGCUCUGAUACACAGGAUGGUGAUACUGUCACAUUUUGGUCUCUCUGACUCAAUGUCUGCUUGUUGUGUGUAAUUCAGGGCAUCACCAGCAGAUGGAGCUGUCCUGCACCGCGACCAAAGUGUAAACAAGACGACGACAAUCAACAAUCAUCAGUCAGAAUCAGAAUGGCUACAGGUGGGAAACUAAAUCGGGUACAGAAAAUUCUCAAGAGAUUGUUACCAGUCAACUCAUCAAGGGAAGAUAAUCUGGACACGGGAAGCAAGGUACCAAAGCAGGGUCAGAUUGAGAGCAAUGUCCCAAUGGAAUGCGGUCCGGCCGCAGCGGAAGUGGAGCAAAUUCAGCCCAGAGACAGUGACGUCAGAGACACUAAUCAGGACCCUGGAACAAGCACAAGUGAGGCGACUGUCUGUCAGCCCAGAGACAGUGACGUCAGAGACACUGAGCAGGACCCUGGAACCGGUACAAGUGAGGCGACUGUCUGUCAGCUCGGAAGCUCAUUAAACACGGAAUUGUCAAGUGUCCAACAAGGAGCAGAGCCAGAGUUUACAAUCUCCGACCUCCUGGCAGAGGGGGGUGAAUAUCGACUGUACCAGUUGACAAAGUUCUACAGGGACAGACUCAAACAAGCGAUUGAAGAAAAGGUUGAAAGACUCGGUUGGAUGUUGACGAAGGAGGGACAUUUCAGUAGAGAAGAAAAUGAGAAAGUCACUGAACUGACAGAGAAGGGAAACCGGACAGAGAGUUCCAGACUCUUCCUCAGUUUGGUGAUGGGCAAAGGCUCCCGGGCCCGGAGGGCGAUGUGGGAAUCCUUUGUGAUGUGGAGGACUGAGUUACCGAAGUUGGACAGAAUACUGAGGGAAAUACAGGAACUCGGUCCUGAUCCACAGGAAUACAUGAACAUCGCCCAAGGGUUAUCUGAAUUACCCACUCAACUGAUAGAUGUUCAACAGAAACACAAGGAGACUCUGCGGGCACAAACUGAAACACUGAGAGUGGACACGAUCCUGAUGAGGGAGAAGGUGAAGGUUUUCCAGCUGGUUGAUCGAUACGCUGAGCUCACGGUCAUUUCUACUGUUCGAGAUCGGAGACUGGUGGAACAUGAGCUGCUGGCAAGAGGCAGAGACCACGAGGAGUGGAGAGAGGAACAUCUCCGCAGAGAACUGGAAAAAAUCCGGACAGAUCAGUUGUUCCAGAGCAGCUUUUCCCGGAGUAAAUCCAAAUCUGAGAGUUCCGCAGCAGUGGCUGGAGUCCCGGGAAUCGGAAAAACAACAAUGGUACAAAAGAUUGUUUAUGACUGGGCCACAGGGAAAAUACACCAACAGUUCCAGUUUGUCUUCAGUUUUAAAUUCCGGGAUUUAAACUCCAUUAACGGCAGAAUAAACCUGAGGAAAAUGAUUCUGGAUCAGUAUCCUUACUUUGGGAAUUUUAUGAGAGAGGUCUGGAAGAACCCAGAGGGAUUGCUGUUUAUAUUCGACGGUUUAGAUGCAUUCAAACACAGAAUCGAUUUUUCUGACAGUCAGAGAGAUACAGAACCCAACCACCAGUGCCCAGAUCCCGAGUGGUGGUGUGAAGUGUCUGACAUUGUGUACAGUUUAAUCCAGGGCAAGCUUCUCCCAGGGUGUUCAGUGCUGGUGACCACCCGUCCGACGGCAUUGCAUUUAUUGGAAAAGGCAGAGAUCAGUAUCUGGGCUGAAAUCCUGGGAUUCGUUGGUGAGGAACGGAAGGAAUAUUUCAUCAGGUAUUUUGAAGAUCAGGCGGUGGCAGCAGCUGUUUUCAAACAUGUGAAGGAGAACGAAAUCCUGUACACCAUGAGCUACAACCCCUCCUACUGCUGGAUCCUCGCUCUGGCACUGGGCCCCUUCUUCACACAAAGAGUCAGGGACCCGCAGCGAGUUCCCAAGACCAUCACCCAACUGUAUUCCUAUUAUAUUUACAACAUCCUGAAAAACCACGGCUGUGAGAUUAAGAACCCCCGUGAUGUGUUACUCAGGGUUGGUCAGAUGGCCUUCAGAGGAGUGUCCGAGAAGAAGAUUGUGUUUACAGAUGGAGAUUUGAUCAAAUACAAUCUGCAGCCUUCCCCGUUCCUGUCUGGAUUUCUGAUGGAGCUUUUGGAGAGAGAGGAUUCUGCCCGAAGCGUGGUGUACACAUUCCCACACCUCACCAUCCAAGAGUUUGUAGCUGCAGUCGCACAAUUCCUGAUCCCAGACGGCAGAGAUAUUAUGAAACUCCUCACUGAAGCCCACAACAUGACAGAUGGGCGAUUUGAGAUGUUUCUCCGUUUUGUUGCUGGUCUCUCCUCCCCAAUGACAGCUCGGGGCCUGGUGGAGUUUCUGGGGCCAUUUCCCCAUGAAACAACCUGCCGGGUGAUUGACUGGAUGAAGGAGGAGGUUAAACGCUGGAGUGGAAACACGAGGAGUGAAGCUGGUAAAAGAAGCCUCCUGAACACAUUGCACUACCUGUUUGAGUCUCAGAAUCGUGGACUGGCUCAGGCCGCACUGGGAUCUGUGGAAAUACUUUCAUUCAGUGGAAUGACACUGACCCCGAUUGACUGCGCGGUCCUGUCUCAUGUCAUCGGACUCUGUGAUACAAUAAAACACCUCGACCUGUGGAACUGCCACAUUCAGUGUGAAGGAAUCCAGCGGCUGGGACCCGGGCUGCACAAGUGCCAGGAGUUGAGACUGAGUUUUAAUAAACUGGGAGAUUCAGGAGUGAAACUGGUGUCUGCGGCUCUGAGGAACCCGGAGUGUAAAAUACAGAAACUGGGGUUGUUCAAUAUCGGUCUCACAGAUUCUGGUGCCGAGGAUCUCGUCUCCGCUCUCAGUACAAACCCAUCACUGACGGAGCUGAAGCUGGGAUCAAACUCGCUGACAGACCGAUCUGUCCCCGCUCUCCGCAGUCUCAUACAGACCCUCCCGAGUCUGGAGUGGAUCAUGCUGGGGGACAAUCAGUUCAGUGACACCGGGAAGAAGGAACUGAGAUCUCUGCAGGGAGUCAGACCUGGACUGACAGUGACCGUGUGAACAUCUGAAUGUGUGAACAUCCCCGCCCGCGGGAUGGGGACAUUUUCGCCGAUUCCUCGCCCCCCCCUUUAACCCCGCCCCCACCUUCCCCUUACCUUUAAUGGCCACGCGCCAGGUUUAAUUCCCAACAGUUUUAACGGAACUAGCUUCUCUCGUUGUGACGUUUUUCGCCUCCUGUCCAGCGGCGCAGCUUCCGCCGGAUGUGCGGGUUCGAGACCCCGGGGAAUGACACAGACGGGAAGAGCCCGGGGGCCGGGGCUCAGUCUGGGACACCGGUGUCCCGGGGUGGGAUUAUCCCGGGAGUACGUAAUGCUGGCUGGCCUGCUGCGUUCACGGGCAACUUUUACGUUUCAUGCCGGGGAAUUACACAGACAGGAAGGGCCCGAUGAUGGCGGGUUUUUUCUGAGACACGGAUGACUCCUGACCGGCGUGGAUAACUUCACUCACAUCAUCUCUGAACUGAUUCCACAACCUACGGACUCACUUUCAAAGAAUCUACAACUCGUGUCAUUAUUAUUUAAUAUUUUAUUUGCACAAAUUUGCCUUCCUUUGCACGUUGCUUGUUGUUUAGUCUUUGUUUUUGUAUAGUUUUUCAUAAAUUCUGCUAUAUUGAUUUAUUGUCCUGUAAAUGACUGCAAUAAAAUGAAUCUCAGGGUAGUAUAUGGUGACAAAUAAGAACUUUGAUAAUAAGCAACACGCAUCAAAGUUGCUGGUGAACCCAGCAGGCCAGGCAGCAUCUGUAGGAAGAGGUACAGUCGAGACCCUUCGUCAGGACUAACUGAAGGAAGAGUUAGUAAGGGAUUUGAAAGUGGGAGGGGAAGGGGGAGAUCCAAAAUGAUAGGAGAAGACAGGAGGGGGAGGGAUGGAGCCAAGAGCUGGACAGGUGAUUGACAAAAGGGAUAUGAGAGGAUCGUUGGACAGGAAGCACACAGAAUCUAUGGCGAAGGAACAUGCGGUGCCCGUGGAUACAAUUCCGGGAUCGAAUGUGUUAUUGAUUGUAAUAACAGUAUUUUAAUUUGUGUUUUAUAUCGUCUUGGGUAUUGCAUGUAUGUUUCAAUUCUAAUAAUGUUGUCAUUGAAUAAACUAAUGUAUAUAUCUCGGAUAUUCACACAUACACAUAUACAUGUGUGUUUUGGGGAGGAGGGGAGAGGGGUUUGGGAGGAAGAGGAGUGACGGGACGAGGAGUGGACUGAUGAGACGGUGACCGUAGCAAAGUCAAUAGGGCACGGA